CCAAAGUGUCAUGUCAGUUGUCGGUUCAUAAUCGAUUAUUUUUCACGUAAUUGUUUUUUAUUAUGAAGAUAUUAUAUACGUGAAACAAACUUUGAUUAUGGUCUUACUGCAUCGCCUGCUCCAGUGAAAUCGGCGGACUAUUUUUUUGUGCAUUAAUUCUUUCGAGGUAGGUACAAUAUGGCACACAAGGAGGAGGAUGAGCCUUUUCAAGAAGAAGACGUUUAUAUCAACCCCGAAGAUGGUAUGCCUAAUGUUCACCCCAAUAUAGCUAAUUUAGAACAUGAAAGUGACUCACAGGACGAAGUCAACGAUUUGGACGACAUACCGAAGUCUGUUAUUGUCACAAACAUUCAAAGUGACAUUUUCGCAAACGCAAAACUAAAAGCCGAAUUGGAAGAUCUUUUCCGAACCUUUUCGGAGAACGUUACAUUUCAGUGGCUUCGCAGUUUUAGGCGGUUGCGUGUGAACUAUGACAGCCCAUUGGCGGCCGCUAACGCCCGUGUGCAACUACACCAGUAUCAGUUUUAUAACUCGUGUAUAAACUGUUACUUCGCUCAGCCGGUGACGCCGAUUUCUUUUAAGAAUCUGCGGCCGCCUGCUCCCGUAAAGCAAUUUUUGAUUUCUCCGCCGUCAAGCCCGCCGGUGGGAUGGGAACCACGAGAGGAGGGCGAGCCGCUGGUGAACCACGACCUGCUGGCGGCGCUGGCGACCCUGGCACCGGGCGAGAGCCAUGAGCUGCACGCGCCGACGCCUACGCAGCCGGCCAUCGUCGUGCACACGGCGCUCGCCCCAGAGAGCGCCCCGCACCCCUGCUCUAUCCCCCACACCCGCUGUCCUAAUUAUUGAUAUAUAUUUUUUUUAAUCUCAUUACAUCUAGUUCAUGUAGAAGUUUGAGUGCUUUUAUUCAUUCACAAGCAACACUGGUCUCAUGAAACACCAAAUAUUGCAUUAUGAGUAAACAGCAUAUAACUAAAUUGUUAACAUGCCAUGUCGGCUUGUGUUAGGCUGAAUAGUAUAAUACUAAUUGCUUUUUAUACCUAGUUUAUUAUUUAAUUUAACACUUAAAAGUUGAAUUGGUGCUAUUCUUAUUGAAAAAGGGAUUUAACAAUGUUUAUGUAAUUGUUUUACAUUGUAGAGUACAAUACAUGUUGGCUUAAUAUAGAUUAUUAUUUAUGAAACAAUAUUUAAGAGGGUAAUCUUGGUAGUCUUGUUAAUAGAAAUUAUUAUUAUUCUCAAUGAAAUGUUUUUUUGUACAGUAUUAUUUUAUUACUAUCAUGAUUUUUACAUAGUGUAUUCGGUAUUUAAUCUAAUUGAAUUACCAACAACAGUGUGCACAAAGUAGUUAGUGUAUUGUUUAUUUGGAAACUUAACUUUAAUGCCUAGUAUUUUAUUUACAAACCAACUGCAUAAUAAUAGUACUUUUAAUAGUAUUAUUUUAACAAUGACAUGUAAAAUAUUAAACCCUACUUGUGAUGUUUUUUGACAAAAGAUUGGUCUCUUGUAUUUGUUACCUGAAAAAUUGUAGUUUUAUUUAUUCAAGUGUUGGGAUUACCUUCUUGAAUAUCUAAAGUUGGUUAUGUUAUUAACAUAGAUUUUGUAUGUGGCUUUGUUACAUGUAGGCAAUAGGACACAUAUCAGCCAAUCUAGACCAAUUUGUUAUGUUUUACUCAAUAUAAUUAAAGUGAUUGAACUGAUGGAUGCAUGUUCCUAUUUCAUUACUUUAAUUAUCAGGAAUUCUGAAUUUAAAUGAUUGUUAUUGCAUUUGUAGACUCAUAGAUAGUUGUGAUAUAAUGUAAAUUAUAAAUUUGUGAUGUCAUAUUACAAAUGAUGUGUAAAUAAUAAAUUAUUUUUGCAACAAGCAAAAUUAUCUAAGGAAUCAAAGUGACACCAACAUAUUGCUUUUGUACAGUUAUACAGUAUUAAAAUUUUAAAAAUCUGAUCUUUAGUAUGUUUAUCAAUUAUUAUUUUAUUUGGUGUUUAGAAUUCUACAAGUCUCAAUACCAUCAUCUGGUUAUUAUUCACAACGACGGGACUUAAUCGCGUAAAAUAAGUUUUAAAUUUACCUCCGACGUUUCGAGGAUGGCGUUGUCCCCGUGGUCUCUGAGAAGACUGGCUAAAGUUGACAUCAACAUCUUCUAGGCGCGCGAGUUUUUCGAACUACCCGCACUUGGUCUUGUUUAUUAACUUGAACGUUUUGCGCACUAGUCCACCAUCAUCUGGUGUUCUUAUUUAUUUGCAAUAGAAAUUAGUAAUGAAAUACAUACUAAUCUUAUUUUGUAUGUUAUAUAAUACCUUAUUCUUAUGGUUCGCUCAACUGCUAUGUUAUUGCCAUAAAACAUACCUUACAUAUAAGGAUGAUCUAAUUUGUACUCAAUUUUGUUUCGUCCUUAAUAUUAAGGAAUUUUGUAGUUAAUUAGCAUUAAUUCUAGUGUUUUUGUAGCUCUAAACUACUGUUAACUCAAUACACCUGCAUGAGAUGGGUACUUUUUAUUAGGGUUCCGUACCCAAAGGGUAAAAACGGGGUAUUACUAAGACUCCGCUGUCUGUCUGUCUGCCAACAGCUUUUGCCGUUUGCGUAAUGGUACGGAACCCUUCGUGCGCGAGUCCGACUCGCACUUAGCCGAGUUUUUUCUGAAACCGUAUAAUGUUCAUCUGCUAUUUUUUUUUCACAAAACACUAAUAGCGUCUAUUUACAAAUUUUAGGUGUUUUAGUAACUUUACUGUCAAUAUUAGUUAUUGUCAAUACAGUAAUAUGCCAAAAUUAGUGGACUCAACACAUGGUUUAUACAAUAUACAUUUGUAACAUUAUUCCUUAUAAUGCUGAGGCAUUUUUGAGAAGUCAUUAGCUGAGACAAAGUUUCCAUGUUUUCUUGAUGCAUGCUGUUAAUCCCAGGCCCAUGCUAUGAUGAUUGACCUCUAUUCAAUGUACGAUCUAAAUUUAUUGUUACACAAAGCCUAUUUCGAAAUCAUGGUAUGGAGUCUCAGUAAAUCAUGUUUCGGCCGAUGGUUCAGUUUCGGCCGAACAAAGCCGAACCUUCGGUUUUGGCAAACAAACCGAUUUUGAUCGGACAUGAGUUAAUAUCUCCUAUAUUACAAUAGGUACCUAAUACGUGUGUGUAUCACUUUCUGGUAUCUAUAAUCUCGAGGGCUUUUACAUCUAUUGGUCUCAGCCUAUUGCUUCUUUUCAUAAAAAUGUCUGUGUUCAGUGUUUUCAGAUCAAUGUUUCGUCUAUCGAUGUUUUUAUCUCACUGUGAUUUCAAUAUUAUUGUUUGUUGUAAAUAUUAAAUGGCAUUGUUUUAA